AUGGUCUGGAUUUCUAACCCAGAAAAACAGAAAUACUUCAAGAUACAGCCAAACCAGCUAGUCCCCCAAGGCUCAAAGUACUCAAAGCAGGAGGUUUCCAAGCGCCAGGAGUCGGCCGUUAAACGCAAGAAGCUGGAAACCUUUGAAGACCGUGUGUCUACAGAAAGAAUCAAACCUGCAGGAAUCCUUCGCCACCCUAUCAUCGGUAAAUUGGGGCUGCAGAGAGAAAUCGGACAGCAUCGGCCACGUACAAGUACAUUUAUGCAGCAGUGUGGUGAAGCCUCUGUUCAGUUAUUUGAGCGCAACACACUGCUUGACCUGCAUACUUGGGACCCUAGGUUGAUCGUGAGAAGCGUGGAUAGAGACCCGCGUACGGCACGCAUUUUUACAGGUCUUAAUAUAGCUGGUCCUUCAGGAUUCCGGUACGUGGAUUAUCGGCCAAUCAUAGUAUAG